GGGAUUUCUUUUUUAAAUCUUUUUUAUACUCAUAUCGUUCUUGUCCUUUUACAUAUGCCUGUGCAGUAUAUUGGCUGCAGAGCAACAGAAAGAGCGAUUCGCAACUAGCACUACUGCCUUCACACACUUCCUUGGUAAUUGUGCUUUGGAAAGGAAACCGCCGACGCGAGUGGAGUAUAAGUAUUUCUCAAUAUUCGGAGCUCAUCAUUUUACCACUUUGCAACACCAUAUUAAGCACACGAAACGGUCGAGGGAUUUUCUCUCCUACUGACGCCAAAUAUCUUUUGAAUCAUCAUUUCUCCAUAAGCAUACAGCCACUAUACGAGUUAAUAGGACGUUAUGCCUAGUUUCUUUGGAGGCGUUACUGGAAGAGGUGUUUCGACACUCUUCGAGAUACGUCUUGACGAGGAAAUUAUCGUACUUCGAGGAGGUGAAAAUGAAGCAUCGAGUCAAUUGCUCAAGGGAUCGGUGGUUUUGUGUCUGCCAGCUGCUUUAAAAGUGGAAGAUGUACAUCUUCGCAUGACUGGGCAAUUGAAAGUUGGGUGGAACGAUCAGCGAGUCACUCCUACCGGUAUUUCGAAUAAUCGAGUCGAUAGAACUACUGAAAUCUUCAGUCAUAGAUGGGCUCCGUUUGUGGGUGGAGGAGGGCCUGGUUCUUCCUCCAAGGGUUUACUUCUACCAGCAGGAAAUUAUGAAUGGCCCUUCGAACUCGUCAUUCCAGGAUCCAUGUCAGAAAGUGUGGAAGGUUUGAAUGACAGCCACAUCAUUUACAAAUUGAAGGCAACAGUUGCUAGGGGAAAAUUGGCAUACGAUUUACAUGCUUGGAAACCGGUGCGAAUCGUUCGAACUUUGGACCCUUCAGCAUUGGAAUUGGCUCAUGCCAUGACAGUCGAGAAUAUUUGGCCAAACAAAAUCGAGUACCAACUGGUUAUACCACAAAAGGCUAUAGUGUUUGGUACUUCGAUCACCAUCGAGAUGAGAUUCACCUCCUUGUUGAAAGGCUUAAAAAUUGGCAAGAUAAAGUGCCAUUUGAUCGAAGUACAAGAAUUCGUUCUCCCAGGAACAUCUACGACUUCGGAUAGAUAUUGGAAAAACUCCAGAGAUGUGGAUGCUUGGACCUUUGAAUUGAACGAAGAAGAGCAUUAUCAAGAUAUGCUUGACGACAGUGGACAAGAUGGGUUUAAAAUGACCGAAUACAUGCCAUUGCCAAAAAGGUUGAGCAGAUGCGUACAAGAUGUAGAUGUACAUGGUAUCAAAAUUCGCCACAAGGUAAAAUUCAAUAUUGCAUUACACAACCCAGAUGGGCAUAUUUCAGAGCUCCGCGCAACGCUACCAGUCACAAUCUUCAUUUCUCCUAAUAUGCCAUUAACUGCCGAAGGUGCUCUAGUGGACCAGACACCAACAUCUAAUGCCCAAUCCACUUCAGUAUCAGCACAUGCACCACCUCUUUAUGGGGAGCACGUAUUAGAUCAACUUUACGCCGACAUGGAUCAAUCUGGACUAAUGACCCCUAUGCCGCAAUCUGGAAUGAACACUCCAUUUUACGCCCAGUCUCGAGCAGGUUCAUCAGAAAAUCUUUCUACCUCCCCAGAAUCUCACCAUCCGGCCGGCGCCGUCCCCCCUGCAGCAUUGUCAUCUAGGCUUCAAAAUUUGAAUACCAAUUUAAAUUCUGGCAGGAAUAGCUUUUUAAGACGAUAUGGAGGAUCUGGAUCCGGAGGAAAUACCCCUCACCAUAACGAUGAUCACCAAGGAGGUUAUUUUGAUUCACAUCAUGGUCACUCCGCGUCUUCAGCAACUGCCAGAAGCAAUCCUCUUAGUAGACGAGGAAGUUUUAACGACGAGCAUCACCCAGAUGCCACUAGUACCACGAUGAGCAGCGGAUACCAUACUCCUGAACAUCUGGAUUACAAUGAGAUGGGAGAUCUAACCAAAGUUCCUUCCUAUACUACGGCCCUCAAAACUCCCGUGAGAGGAAUGAGUUAUACUGAAGCACUGCCCAAUUACGAAUCUGCCAUCUCAGCACCACCAAGUCCGACAUUGCAUGCAAGUACUGGCCCAAGUACACCGCAUGAGCACCCAUUGGAUAGUGCCCAUUCACACUCACAUUCACACUCAAGUUCUCAUUCACAUUCACACGCGGAUACGCAUAGACAUCACCAUGGACCGGGAUUUUUGAGAAGAAAUCCAUUCUCUAGUAUGGGAUUCACACCGUUGCAUCCACCAUCACAUGCACAUCCAGGGGAAGCGGAUGAAAGGAGGAGGUUGCACUUAUUACAGCACAGAGAUAGGGUACAUUAAAAGAAGGGAGAUUGGAUGAUUUAUGGAAUAGACAAUCGGAAGGGAAUGCGAGAUUCCAGCAUCUCUUGGCGCAGGGUGGUUUUGAAACAGACUUGGUAUAUUUGGAAUUCUGGGGGCGUUUAACUUGAUACCUUUUGAUGAGAUACCGUUAUAGAAGCGUUAAAUGCUAGGUCAGAAAAUGGGAUGAAGAGGCUGCAUUUAGUAUUAAUAUUCUCCCCGCUCUCGCGAUUUUGGAGCGAUAGUUACUCUUGAAUACACAAAUUCAACA